GUGUAGCAAUAGUAUUCGCUGUUAAUUAGUUGUGCAGCAGCCUUGAGAUGAGCAGCGAGACGAACCAGAAAGAGACAGAGACAGGAACAGAGGCCGAAGAGUUGAACUCUGGCAUGGCUGCUCUCGCCAUGGAUAGUACAGUGGUGGCGAAUCUGCGUUCCGUGUUACACCGAAUCAAACUAGCAGCCGAGAGAUCGGGGCGCACGGCCGAUCAAAUCAAGCUGGUUGCUGCCAGCAAGACCAAGCCGCCUUCUCUCCUCCGCCAAGCCUACGACGCUGGCCAUCACUGCUUCGGCGAAAACUACGUCCGAGAGAUCAUUGAAAAAGCACCUCAGCUUCCUGAUGAUGUCGAUUGGCAUUUCAUCGGGCACUUGCAGAGCAACAAAGUUAAAGUACUUCUCUCGUCCGUCCCAAAUCUGGCCAUGGUUGAGAGUGUAGAUAAUGAAAAGAUUGCAAAUUUACUUGAUCGGGGAGUUGCAAACAUUGGAAGAAAGCCUCUUAAGAUUAUGGUCCAAGUAAAUUCCAGUGGAGAAGAAACUAAAUUUGGAGUUGAACCAUCAGGUUGCGUAGAACUGGUAAAGCAUAUUAAGCUUGGAUGCCUGAACCUUGAGUUUUCCGGACUCAUGACAAUAGGGAUGCCGGAUUACACAUCAACUCCAGAGAAUUUCAAAACAAUGAAAAAGUGUAGGAUUGAGGUUUGCGAAGCACUUGGAAUAGCAGAGGAAAACUGUGUUCUAUCAAUGGGGAUGUCUGGUGACUUUGAGCCAGCGAUUGAGAUGGGCAGUGACCAGGUGAGAGUUGGUCAAGCCAUAUUUGGACCUAGGGAGUAUCCCCUUAAAGAGGAAGACUAGCAAUCUUCGAAUUGGUGGCUUUGUUCCUAAAGAAUUGGUGGCUCUGGUAUGCUUUUAAUUUGAUGUUGUAUCUUCUUAAGUUGUCAGUUUGUUGUUAUCCUUUUUACUAUCGCAUCUCAUGGGCAAGCUGGAGGAGAGAAAAUAUGUGUGUAUUUGCUCAGUCUCAUUAAUCAUAUUUAUGAUCUCUCUUCGUUUAAACUGUAUGACUGUAAUCUGAGCUUCAGUUA